GGGUGCGAGUGGGCGGGACGUGGCGCCCCCAGCAUCUUUGUGUGGCGGCUCUGUGGUUAGCCUUAGCAUGAACUAUGUUGCGGACAGCGAUGACAUGCUGGGACGGCCACGCUAGUUUCGCUCCUUCGACGACGUGGAACAUUUAACGCGGACCCUCGGCGACGUCGCCCGCGCACACCGUUGCUCACAGACGCGGCGAGGAAGAGGCGGCCACCUACCGGCAGAGAAGAAGUUCUCCUUUGUGCAAGAUGACGGAAGAAGUGAUUGUCAUCGCCAAGUUCGACUACAUGGCGCAGCAGGACCAGGAGCUGGACAUCAAGAAGAACGAGCGCCUCUGGCUCCUCGACGACUCCAAGUCCUGGUGGAGGGUUCGAAACGCCACCAACAAGACCGGCUUUGUGCCGUCCAACUACGUGGAGAGGAAGAACAGCGCCAGGAAAGCUUCCAUUGUCAAGAACCUCAAAGACACGCUAGGAAUCGGGAAGGUGAAGAGCAGGAAGGGAGGAAUGAGGGACACGGCCUCCAACGCCGACGCCGACAUGUACGCCGACAACGGCGAGCGCCUCUACGACCUCAACCUGCCCGCCCUGGUCAAGUUCAACUACACGGCGGAGCGCGAAGACGAGCUGUCGCUGGUGAAGGGCACGCGGGUGGUGGUGAUGGAGAAGUGCAGCGACGGCUGGUGGCGCGGCAGCUACAACGGACGCUCCGGGUGGUUCCCCUCCAACUACGUGACGGAGGACAUGGACGGGACGGCGGGGGGCGGCGGCCCGUGCGACCCGUCCGGCUCGCUCACGGAGAAGCUGGCGGCCGUGGUCAACAGUACGGCCAACGGCAACCGCGUGCUGCACACGGUGCAGGCGCUCUACCCCUUCAGCUCGGACAACGACGAGGAGCUGAACUUCGAGAAGGGCGAGGUGAUGGAGGUGGUGGAGAAGCCCGAGAACGACCCCGAGUGGUGGAAGUGUCGCAAAGCGGACGGCCAGCUGGGCCUGGUUCCCAAGAACUACGUGACGGUGCUGGACAAGAGCACGGCGGGGCCGCCCACGCCCGACUGCGACUACAUCUCGCCGUCGGGAAGCGGCCGCUUCGCAGGGAAGGAGUGGUACUACGGCAAGGUGACGCGCCACCAGGCCGAGGUGGCGCUCAACCAGCGCGGCGUGGAGGGAGACUUCCUCAUUCGGGACAGCGAGUCGUCGCCCAACGACUUCUCCAUCUCGCUGAAGGCGCAGAGCAAGAACAAGCACUUCAAGGUGCAGCUGAAGGAGAACCUCUACUGCAUCGGCCAGCGCAAGUUCAACUCCAUGGAGGAGCUGGUGGAACACUACAAGAAGGCGCCCAUCUUCACCAGCGAGCAGGGCGACAAACUCUACCUGAUCAAGGCCCUCGCCGCCUCCUGAUCACGAAGAGGGCGGAGCCUGAAGACUUUACACCGGGACUUCCUUCUGUCAGACGAACAUUCCAAGAAGUCCUGGGAGUGGACUAUGGACCUGUUGGCCAUUUAUUUAUGAUGUGAUCCAGAUGUUCCUCAUCUAGUCCCACCUCCGU